UUCAUUACGCCUCCACUCCCCUGAGAAAACACCGGGGUGAACUGUGUCAUGCCACCUAUGUGAAGACAAACAGGGAUGGACGGUAGCUACACCUGGAGACUGUUUGGAGAAGAGCUGUCAGGAAGAACACUUUAAAAAUAUUUACAUUCAUGAGCUCAUUGUUCUGGUAUCAGAGUGAACACAUGACCUGAGCUUUGAUUUCUGCCUCGUCAUGUUUCAGAACACAUCUGCUUGGUCAUGCCAAGCCUGGCGGAGCGAGCGGCCGCAGUCAGCACUCACACUUCCAGUCUGACUCAGCAGCUGCAGCACAGCUGUAUAAAAGCAGCCGUACCGUCCUGGCCGCUCAGAGGGAGUGACCACCAGCAACAGGAGAGGAGACUUCACUCUGUCACAGGUGAACUGAGCUGGGUACAUGCACCAUUCCAGGCCUUUUCAUUCCUGAUUCCACUCUGCAGAUGGAGAACAUGAAGAGCGCAAGAAAAAACGACACAGGAGAAGUUGGCAGUGAUUUGUCGGAGCAGAUUAAAGCAGCCACUAAGAACAACCAUGUCCGAGCUGAGAACACACAGCUGAUGCUGAGUUACCAGAAGGGACAGAUCACCAUGACGGAGUACAAGGUGCUGCUGUGUUCCCUCUAUGAGAUCUACCAGGCUCUGGAGGAGGAGCUGGACACAAACGCUUCCCAUCCAGCGGUCGCACCCAUCUACUUCCCUCAGGAGCUCGCCCGCGUCAAUUCACUGCAAAGUGAUAGGGAGCAUUUCUUUGGCUCCGACUGGAGGAAGAAGGUGAUCGUUCCUGCAGCCACACACAGAUACACACAGAGGAUACGACAGAUUGGCCGGGAGAACCCCAUGCUGCUGGUGUCCCACGCAUACACCCGUUACCUUGGCGACCUGUCAGGGGGGCAGGUGUUGGGAAAGAUUACCCAGAAGUCUCUGGGGCUGAGCAGCAAAGAGGGGAUUUCAUUUUUCUCCUUCCCUGGCGUGAGCAGCCCCAACCGCUUCAAGCAGCUGUACAGGAGCCGCAUGAACAGCAUCGAGCUGACGGAGCAGGAGAGGGCGGAGGUGCUGGAGGAGGCGGUGUCGGCCUUCGAGUUCAACAUCCAGGUUUUUGAUGAUCUGCAGAAAAUGCUGAGCGUCACAGCAGAAGCAGUGGACCAAUCAAAGAGCCGCACUGUCAACUUCCCCUCUUCUCCCAUCAUGCACUUCACUAUGGGGCUGUGCGUCGCCGUCGCCACCAUUGGGAUGGGAAUCUACCUCAUGUAGUUUUAGCAGCACUUUAAG